GACAUUAGUCUGCAUAGUGUAGUUCUAGUCGGUAAUUUUCGUGUCGGCAAUGUACAACAUUAAUUUUUCGUUGAUUUUAAUUACCCUAAAAUUAGAAAGUUUUUAAUACAAUGAUAAAUAUAAAAACAGAUUUCAAGUAAUUUGUGUUUAUUCAAGGGACAUCAUAUUUGAUACUAAACUGUGUCAAAUGCACAGCAAUUUUUGAAAAUAAUAUACUCUAACAUUCGUUGAACGGUAAGAAUGCCUUGGAUAACCUGCUUAGAAGGUGGCCCCAAGAGAGUUAAUCAUGCAGCUGUUGCUGUGGGUCAUAAAAUUUAUUCUUUUGGGGGAUACUGCACUGGAGAGAACUCCCGGGAGUACACAUCCAUGGAUGUACAUGUGUUAAAUACUACUACCCUUCGAUGGACACAACAUCCUGUGAGUGACUUACCAUAUUUUGAAAAUGAUGAUAUUCUUCCCUACAAGAGAUAUGGUCAUACUGCAAUAGUAUAUGGGGAAAAGGUCUAUAUAUGGGGUGGUAGAAAUGAUAGAGCCUCAUGUUCAACUCUAUUCUGUUUUGAUACUGUUUGGCACUGUUGGACAGCUCCUAAAACUACUGGACAUUUCCCCCCAGCUCGAGAUGGGCAUACAGCUUGUUUAUGGAAGAAUUAUAUGAUUAUUUAUGGCGGAUAUGAAGAACACUCAGACUCUUUUGCUCAACUUAUAUAUCACUUGAAUCUAGAUACUAUGCAUUGGACAUAUGUCCCUAUAGGUGGACCGGAACCAAGCGCACGGGAUUUUCAUACGACUGUCGUAAUCAAUGAUAGAAUGUAUUUGUUUGGAGGAAGAGGUACCUUAGUUGAUCAUUUUGUUGGGGGUAGACAAAUGAUGUAUUGUAAUGAAUUGUGGUAUUUAGAUCUGAAUACUUUUACAUGGCACCAUUGUGAAGUCACGGGAACUGUACCAGUUGGGAGAAGAAGCCAUUCUGCAUUUGUUUAUGAUGAAAAAAUGUACAUUUUUGGAGGAUAUAACUCAGACAGAGAUCGACACUAUAAUAAUAUAUUCGAAUUCGAUCCAAAGACUAACGUAUGGAAGAAGUUGAGUGUAUCCGGCAAAAAACCCUGUAGACGAAGAAGACAGGCCUGUGUGUUGGUCGGAGAUAGAGUCUAUAUGUUUGGUGGGACAAGUCCACAUGCAUCAGUUUCGUCAAGUAGUAGGAAUUUAGAUGAUAAAUUAAGAGAUCAUAGUGAUAUGCAUGUGCUGGAUUUCAAACCAACAUUAAAAACGCUAUGCAUUAUGGCGGUUAGGAAAUACAAGAUAGAAGACUCAAACCUUCCACAAAAUUUAAGAACGGAUAUUUACAACAUGUACACUCCCAAUAAAAUUUUUUUGAACAGACCAAAUAACUCUGCCGGAUAAGAUGUAUUGGACAAGAAGAAUAUUGUAAAUAUUGUUUUAGAUAUACAGCUAUAGUACUAUUUUUUUAUUAUUUAUUUAUUUUGUGAUAUCAGGUUUACAUUUUUUUUAAACAACUGAUGCCUAUUGUUAGAUAUAAUAGAAAUAAAUAAUUAUUUAGCUAUUU